UGGUUCAAGGCAUGAAGACUCGGAGAGGAGAAGUCAUUUUCCUGGAAGAUGUUUUGAAUGAAGCUCGCUCAAGGAUGUUACAAAACAUGUCUUCCACAAAAACAACCAAAGAGAUAGAAGAUCCUCUGGCCACAGCAGAAAAGGUUGGUCUUGCAGCACUAAUAAUUCAGGACUUCAGGGGCCUUCUGUCCUCUGAUUAUCAGUUCAGCUGGGACCGAGCUCUUCAAAGCCGUGGAGAUACAGGUGUGUUCCUGCAGUACACCCACGCCAGGCUGCACAGUUUGGAGCAGAAGCACGGGAACACACAGCUAAGUGAUGUGGAUGUGACAUGCCUGCAGGAGCCAGAGGCCACCUCUGUUCUUCAGCAUCUCCUCAGGUAUGAUGAGGUCCUGUAUAGAUCUUCUCAGGAUCUGCAACCCAAGCACAUUGUCAGCUACCUCCUCACACUCAGGCAAGGCUCUGUCUCUUUCAAGCCACUCGCUCAGUUCUAG